AUGGCCGGGGCAUCUGACGAGUAUCUGCAACGGGGACGGCGUCAGAAUCGAUCUUCUAGGCCUUCAUCCACCGAUCUACGUCCCCAUGAACAGCUAGACCGAGAUCUGGCGAUGGAUGCCGUCGCUCGGCCUGCACGUUCACAAUGGCUCUACCGUCCACGCUUUGGUUCAACAUCUUCCCCAUCUAAUAUAGCUUCCCUUUUGAUCAGUUCCCCAUUAUCACCGUCUUCACAGCCAUCAGCUUCUGCUGGCAAGUUUCUGACAAUCAAUGGCUUCGUGCGCACUUUGCGGAGGCAAAAACGCGUGGCCUUCGCCGCAAUAGGAGACGGCUCAACAAUGCAAGCAGUACAGGCCGUCUUGUCUCCCGAGCAGGCCGACGGAUUAUCCACAGGGGCUGCGGUAGCAGUCACCGGGCAGUGGAAAUCAUCACCGGGAAAAGCUCAAACGCAUGAACUACUGGCCGAAACUGUCCGCAUCUUGGGUCAUAACGAUGCCGCAGCGUGCCCUUUGCAAAAGAAAUACCAGACCACUGAAUUUCUGCGAAGCCUGCCUCACCUCCGGUCACGACUUCCUUUCAAUUCGUUACUUUUAAGGUUAAGGUCGCAGGUUACGGCUCAAAUUACAAACUACUUAUCCACACGCGACUUUGUCCAGGUGCAUCCGCCAAUCAUCACAUCCUCCGACUGUGAAGGCGCUGGCGAAGUGUUCACCGUAUCCCCAGCAGUGUCGUCUUCUCCAAAGUGCGAAGGACAAAAUCAGUCACACGGAUUUGACGAUCUGUUCUUCCAAUCACCCAAGUAUCUUACCGUCUCAAGUCAGCUCCACCUGGAAGCACUGGCUCAAUCUGUUGGGAAGGUGUGGACAUUAUCACCAACCUUCCGUGCUGAGAAGAGUGAUACGCCCCGCCAUCUCAGCGAAUUCUACAUGCUCGAAGCGGAGAUUGCCUUUGCAGAAGACCUUGCGGACAUCAUGGAUGUGGUUGAAGACCUGAUACGCAACAUUGUUGGUGGACUCCAAGCUUCACACGUGGGCAAGCAGCUGAUCGAAUCCCGAUCACGUGAGCAUGAGGGGGGCGAGGUAACUGUGGCCAGCUCCGUGCUAGCACAAAGGUGGCAAGGCUUAACCAGCGGACCCUGGCCUCGAAUCACCUAUAACGACGCUGUACGACACCUUAAAAAUGCUGUUGUCCAAGGCAAAGUGCAAUUCGCGUUCGACCCUGGUCAUCAAGAAGGCCUGCAGACCGAACAUGAACGUUUCCUUGCCGAAAGUGUAGGACAAGGCGGCCCAAUCUUUGUGACCGACUACCCCCGUGCGCUGAAGCCAUUCUAUAUGGCUCCUUCGAAGGGCACUUCUGGCAAAGGAGAUGAUGGUCCAACAGCAUCAUGCUUUGACCUGCUUGUGCCGGAGAUUUGUGAAUUGGUUGGAGGUUCAAUGCGUGAACACCGGCUCGCCGAGCUCCUAGAGGCCAUGGAUGACCACGGACUCCAACGUUUGUCGCCUUCGACAUCUGACUAUGAAGCGUCAAAUGGCUCGCUCCAGUGUUAUGAGUCCUUGCCGCCAAACUUCUCCCUCACCGCGAACAUGCUCGCAGGCGCGUUCGCCGGCAUUGCUGAACACUCGGUGAUGUAUCCAAUAGACCUGCUGAAGACUAGGAUGCAAGUGGUGAAUCCAUCCCCGACGGCCGUGUACACAGGAAUCUCAAAUGCAAUGGUCACAAUAUCGAGAGCAGAGGGCUUCAGGACCCUGUGGAGAGGGCUUUCGAGCGUGGUUUUGGGCGCCGGGCCGGCACACGCCGUCUAUUUUGCAUCCUACGAAGCCGUAAAGCACGCUCUCGGUGGGAAUGAGGGCGGGCAGGAUGAGCACCACCCUCUCGCAGCUGCUGCUAGCGGGGCCGCCGCUACCAUCGCCAGUGAUGCGUUGAUGAACCCGUUUGAUGUCAUCAAGCAGCGCAUGCAGCUGCAUGGCUCCAUCUACAAGUCGGUCCCUCAAUGCGCCCGGGAAGUUUUCCGGACCGAAGGCAUGACUGCCUUCUACGUGUCGUACCCCACGACGCUCUGCAUGACAGUGCCCUUUACUGCUCUGCAAUUCAUGGCCUACGAAUCAAUUUCGAAGAUGAUCAAUCCCACUGGGCGUUACGACCCAUAUACUCAUUGUACGGCAGGAGGAUUAGCGGGCGGUUUCGCAGCCGGCCUCACUACCCCGUUGGAUGUCAUCAAGACGCUAUUACAGACGCGAGGAAGCGCAUCGGACGCUGAGCUACGCAAUGUGUCUGGCUUGUGGCAGGCGGCCAAAAUAAUAAAGAGGCGCGAUGGUUACAGAGGCUACUUUCGGGGCCUCAAGCCAAGAAUCAUUACCACCAUGCCCAGUACAGCUAUCUGCUGGUCGGCAUAUGAGAUGGCCAAGGCUUUCUUCAUUGCCCGAGGCGAAACACCAUGAGAUGACUUCCCGAAGAUGGAUAGCUACGAAUAUUCAUUGCGUAGUGCUUUAGCUUAAGGAAGACGUGACCCGGAGCAUGUGGUCCCAGGUAGACUCUGGCGCAGGAGAGUAAACGAGGCCUCGGGAGCUCGUUCACGAACAGAUAACAAGGCCCCAUGACGCUUUCCUUGAUUGUAUACUGAUAGAGGUCUUGGUGGCAUAAAGGACCAUGCGAGGCGUUAGGGCUCUAGCUUAACUGGAUGAUCCAUGGCUCAGGCCAUAUAUGUGUAUCAUAGGAAAAGUCACGAUUUC